UUCCGUGCCGAGUUACGAAGCCGAAAGAGUUCGACCGCGCACCAGAAUGCUGUCCCGAGGUGGUGGAUUGCCGACGCCAUCGGCGACGGUAACGGCCACAAUCAGCAACAACAUCAGUAGCAGUAGUAGCAGCAGCAGUAGCAGCAGCAGCAGUAGCAGCAGCAGCAGUGGCCAGAAAGAGCCACUGGUUGACGAUCUGGACGAGUAUCUGUCGGAGUACAAGUUGCAGUCUCCGAUCGAACCCAUCGCCCACUAUGCCGACGGAGAGCUGGAGGCGGAAUGGCUCAGCUCGGCCGGCUUCCCGCAGCUCACCAAAGCGUUCGAGGAGGGUCGCGAACUGUCGACCACGGAACUGAGCCCGGUCAUCGCGGGACUGUCCAGCGUUCACGCGGAAGCCGUCAAGCAGCGGGUGAAGGCCCUCAACCGUACCGUGCGGGGCCGGACGCGCAACCGGGGUGCGAAGAAGCCGGACAUACGGGACGUGUUCCGGGAUCUGGACUCAUCGAGCACCGGUACCCGGUCGCGCAGUGCGACGCCGGACUCACUCGACUCGCUUCCGGGCGACGAUGCGUGGAACGGCCCAUCGACGGGCGCCAACCAUCAUCACGGUCAUCACGGUCAUCACCACCACAUACCGAGCUUCGUGUCGGUGUUCGAUGGCAACGGCGUCGUCGUGCGGCCAACGCCCGUCCGGGGCAAGCAAAAUCUGCGUCGCACACCGAGCGCACCGCUCCGUGGCUCGGCGGAACUGUUCCGCGGGUCACACAUCCGGUGCGAUAUCCCAUUCCACAAUGAGGGUAUCGAGCUGCUGAACUUCCAAAGACUAGGUACGAUCCACAUCCCGCGGAUCCGGUCCGGAUCGGAUCCGUCCUGCACGAUCGGACCCCACGCCGGCCAGCACAUCUCGGGCACACGAAGCCACACGAACCUGUACGACGACGGUGGGCCAGCCGGUGCCGGGCGGCGCGAUAACGACGACUCGGGCAACUCGUCCUCGGAGCAGAGCCCCCCGAGUUCACCGCCACGCACCAGUCUGCUCAGCUCGGUCGAAAACACACCGCUCCGCUCGUCGUCCUACGAGCCAGUCAGCUUCGAGAGUAUGGUCAAGGCGACGGCCCCGUGCGCGGCCGACCAGUGGCAUCGCCAAUCGGCCGGGAACCGGGAGCCGAGCUGCGACAUCGAGCUGAUCACCGAAGGUGAACAGAAGCGCCUGCAGCCGCUGCUCUGGCUCGAGCUGGCGUCCCUGUUCGACAAGAACCACGUGUCGCUGGACAAGCGGAAACCGUUCAAGCGGAAGCGCAAAGAGGAAGGCCACGUGUUCGGGGUGUCGCUGAAUGCACUCGUCCGCCGCGAUCAGCAGGUGACGGGCGAGGACACAACGCUGGUGCCGCUGCUCCUGCAGGCCAUCCUGGCCGAGCUGGGUGGCCGCGGCGUGCAGGAGGAAGGCAUACUGCGCGUUCCGGGCCACAAGCAGAAGACCGAAACUCUCUACCACGAGAUCGAGCACAGUUUCUACGCGAAACCGGAGAAGAUUCAACCACUGAUCAGAAAGGCCGGUGUACACGAUCUCAGCGCACUGUUGAAACGUUGGCUACGCGAGCUCCCACAACCACUGCUGGCCAAUGAUUUGGUGCACCUUUUCUACCAGACGAACGUACUACCUCCGCACGACCAGUACAAAGCGCUGGCGGUGCUCUGUCAGCUGUUGCCGCACGAGAACCGCAACACGCUCCGCGAGCUGCUGAAGUUCUUCCGCCGGGUCGUCGAGCUGCAGGACCAGAACAAGAUGUCGCAGCAGAACGUGGCCACCAUCAUCGCACCGUCCUUCUUUCCACCACGCUUCGUCCAUCCACCGGACAAGAACGAUAUCGGGGCGCAGGUGCGGAUGGCCGCCCAGUGCUGCCACCUUACGAACGUCCUGAUCAGCAUGGCGGACAGCCUUUGGCUGGUGCCGCAGCGUCUCAUCGAGCAGGGCAAGAUGACCAACAAGAACGGCCAGCCAAAACGUCAGCUUACUCGCAAAGCCAAAAACGGAAGUGGCAGCAUCAUUUCGAUCAACCGAAGCGCCACCAGCGGGGGCGACUUCGUGUUCGACACCAACCACAUCCAUCGGCUAGUGAUCUGAUUGCCGACGGCCUGAACGAACCGACGAAACGAUCGAACGAUUGUCCGGAUAGUGUCCUGUGCGGGACGCGAGCGGAAUGUCCCGUGAACAGGUUUUACCACCACCAAUGAGCUUUAUCACCAUUGUCAAACCAAGAAACUAGCGUACGCUAAGUGUGUGUGUACCCCUUACUUACUAGUGUGUAGUGUACGGAUAUUGCAGUCCGGAGGACACGGGCCGCUGCCGGUUAGCUCUGUCCUCUAGUAGUACUUUAGAUUUUAAGUACAUUCGCCUCUAACCAUACCUCAUUAGGCGAUAGACGAACGAACGAACACGUUGAAGGGAGGAUCCCCAGUCUUAGAGAAUGUUUUGCGUGGCGGAAACAUGACGGGUGACGCUCGGCGUCACGUUCUUCGUGGUGCUGCUCCUUUGCGUGUGCGUGCGCAUUAAACCGGCUGGAGAAGUUAUUAUUAGAACAGCGAAAAGCGUUACUUCUUGUUUUGCUUCCGAUUUCUGCUCCGCGGACUCCAAAAUAGAACACUCACGACGACGAUCA